UGAAAAUGGGAGAAAAAGAUAAAAAUCUACUGGUUUACGGGUUCGAAAAAUGGAAAGCCGCUAAUGAACAGCAGGAGUCUCAGUUCAAGGAUCGCACAGAGUCUGAUCUCGACCUGUUGGGCGGCUGGGUGAACCUCACUCUGAAAGAUGUGACUGAAAUGGAUUCAGGAAUUUAUCGAUGUCAGGGAUACAAUGAAAAUGGUUCAUGGACACAGAAUAUCAGAUUAUAUAUUGAAGGUAAAACACUGGAAGUGAAAGGUGCUCCACAUGAAACUAUUGUCCUUCCGUGUAAAUGUAAUAUUAAAUCUGGGACAGAAGACUCAUGGCAUCUCUCAUGGGUAAAAAUGGAAGAAAAAGCAGAAAAUAAUCUACUGGUUCACAGAUUCGAAAAAGGGAAACCCGCUAAUGAAGAUCCAGUGAUUCCUUUCCAGAAUCGCACAGAGAUGGUCUUUGACUGGUCCGGCGGCAGCGUGAACCUCAGUCUGAAAGAUGUGACUGAAAUGGAUUCAGGACUUUAUCGAUGUCAGGGAUACAAUGCAAGCUAUGCUUGGACACAGAACAUCACAUUACUUAUUGAAGACCGAACACCGUCAGAAAGCAGGAGUCGUAUUGGUAGAUAUGCAUUGGUGGUUUGGAUUUCGAUUCUUGUGACUGCAUUCCUCUGUCACGUAAUGAGGAAUAACAAUGCAGCACGACCCCAAGCUAAUGGCCCUCUGGAAGUUAUUUUGUAGGGGCUGCUUCAGGAGAAUAGAAGAACACCAUCACCCCGGAGAAUGCUUACAUGACGUCCUGUGUGAGGAGUCAGCCAACCCACCGGUUUCACCAUCUUCCUGUAGAAUUCAGGGCUUUCUAGGUAAAAGAAAAGAAGACACACUCCUUCUCUUGAAACCCAUGCUAUCAGGACACAUAUCCCAAGCCUGAAAAUGCUUUUGUAGGUUUCAUCACACUGUGAUUACAGCUCUACUGACACUGACACCGAUUACAAAUUGUAAUCAGAAAUGUUUCUUCAAAGAAAGCAUACAACACCCUGUGGAGUAUGGUGUGUGUCUGUGUAUAUUUUUUAUUUAUUUAUAAAA